AUGGAUCAUAUAUCAAUCGCACAAAAUAUAAAGAUAAUAUCAGAAGGAUUACAACUUAUCAAUCAAGCCGCAGACAUCCAUGCCAAAGAGUUGAAUAUACACAGUCAGAAACAACAACAACAACAACGUCAGGAUGGAGAGAUAGAUAAUAUACCAAUUGAUACGACAUCGACAUCGACAUCGGCAUCGACCACGACAAAGACGAAUGGAACGUCAGAGAAUGAAGUUUAUGAACCAUAUAUCAAGAGUUUGAAGGAGGAGAUCGACAGGCUCACACAGGACAAGAUGAGGAUGGUGGAGAGUGAGGAGUUGCUGAGGAGAGAGAAUGAAAGGCUCAACAAGGAGGUGCAGACACGCAAAGACUUUGCUGCAACAAGUAUCGCCGAGAAGGAGGUUGCUCAGCGUCAGCUCGAGAGUCUGGAACACAAGCUGGCAGAUAUCGAACAGACUCACGAGAAGUUGCUCAUCGACCAAGAGAUCGAGAUAGACACUCUGCGACAGGCCAAUGAGAAGAUGUCCAAAGACCUCCAAGAACAACAUAGUGAAAUGGAACGCAAGAGAUUGGAGCACGAGCAAGCACAACAGCCACAACAAGUGAAUGAAGUGAUGGUAGUGGACACAAACGAACAACUGCUUCACAAACAGAUAGAAGAGUUGAAGGAGGAGAAUAGCAGAUUGAGUGAUGAGAGUAGUGCAUUGAAGGAGAGAAUGAAGGAGCAGAUGGAUGAGUAUCAAAGGACGCAGGACGAGGAGAGAAUGAAGCAGGAUCAACUCCUUCAAAACAAGAUGAAGGAGUAUCAAGAGAACAAUGAGCAGUUGAUGAACAAUGUCACGACAAAGCACGAAGAGACGAACCAGCUGCUUCAGAACAAGAUACAAGAGUUGGACAAUGAGACACAGAAGCUGAAACAACAGAUUCAAUCAAACAUCGAUGAGAUUGCCAAGUUGGAGUCAGCGAGGGAUGCACAACAACAAGAGUUGAAGAAGGUCAUUGAUGAAUCAGUGGCCAUGGCGAUGAAGAACGCCAAUCAGCGAGUCACCGAGUUGGAGGCGCAUUUGGCUCAGGCAGACCACGACCUGAAGAGUACUCAGGCUCAACAAACAAUGGAUAGGAAACAACUGGAAGAGGCACAACAGCAACGACAAGAGUACAAGGACAAAGUCAUGUUCCAGGAUACAAUGUACAGGCCCAUAAUGGAGGACCUCAAGAGAGAGAAUGAGAACCUGAAGCAACAGAUAUCAGAUAUCAAUGAGAGACAACAACUGCAACAAGAUAACAACAAGGACAAAGACAAGGACAAGGAUACGGACAAUGAGGACACAGACAAUGAGGAUAAUAAUGGAAAGAUUGCAAAGAAACAAGUAGGUCAAGGUCAAGUUCAAUAUGAAGAUGAUGAGGAGGACUGGGACGCAGGAAGGCAGUUGGAUCUGUUUAUUCGCGUCCAGGAACACGUGGCCAAGUUUGGCGACAAAUACACUGGCUAUCAGAAUAUAUAUCCAAUUAGGAACAAUCGAUACAAGAUCAACAAGCACGAAGCCAUCAUCACCGAGGACAACCAUGGCAAGCUGAUUGCCAGGAGAAAUGCAAAGUCUGUACCAGUCGCACUGGAAUCACUGUACAUAUCAAAGCCAACAACAUGGGUCGUGUGGAUGACUGGAUUAUGCGUCCUGUUUAUGUUGGCACUGGCUGGCGAGCAAUUGAAAUGGUACAGGGACAACAGAUACUUCCAAUAA